UUGACAACAAAAAAGUGAAAUGAUUAAAUUAAAUUAAAAUAAAAUAAACUGACCAACGGGAAAUACUCCUCGAGCUUUUACAAGACGGCAAAGAUAGCAGUAGCAACUGAUUUUUAUUUGGUUUUUAUUGUUUUUAAUAUUCAUCGAUAAUUCAAUGCUCUUCUAUUGUGAGAUUUCUGACUUAAUUUUACGAAGACCGAAGGGUGGAGAGCAAAAUUCACCUCUGUACUAAGCUACAUUGUUGUCUAGUUUUCAAUUUUAUGUAUUGAUAUAUUCCUCACGCGACUUUUUCGUCGUUACUGUGAAUUAAUAGGUGAAACUAAGUACCUAUUUCACUAAAAUGGGUUUAUUGACUGAUCCAUCGGUUGGUCAUGGUGCUUUGACAAGCAUAUUUGUACGACAUCACAAUCGUUUUUGUAUAUUGAUGUAUAUUGUAUCUGGGGUUCUGUUCUGUAUGCUGGCACACUACAGUCUAAACUCACAAACAUAUUUUUCUGAAAAUGCCCUUCUUCCUGGAUUGGUAAAAGGUCAGUUGAACGACAAUACUGGAUCAUCGUUUAGAGAUCAUUUUAGAGAACUUAAUGCCGAAGCAAAAUAUUAUGAAACUGAAACACCUCAUUCAUACUUGAUCUCAAAGUUUAAAAAUUUACGGCUUGAAACUUACUCUCAUAAUUUUACUUUAAAUUAUCCUUUAAAAAAGAAUACAAAAUACACUGGACGCAAUGUAUAUGGUAUUCUUCGAGCACCUAGGAGUGCUAGUAUAGAAUCAAUAGUUUUAAGUGUGCCAUAUCGAGCUCCAUCAAGUGUUUUUCCCAGUACUCUACCUGGUCUUGCUGUUAUGUUUCAAAUUGCUCAGUUCUUUCGCCAACAAAUUUAUUGGGCAAAGGAUAUUAUAUUUUUGGUCACUGAACAUGAACAAUUGGGAAUGCAAGCAUGGUUAGAGGCAUAUCAUGGAGCUUCAUGUGGUUCACUUGGUGUGUUAGACUCUGGAAAAUUAAGUGGCCGCGCAGGUGCUAUUCAAGCUGCUAUUAAUUUGGAAAUUCACUCUGAUAAAAUUGAUCACAUUGACAUUAAAUUGUCUGGAUUAAAUGGCCAAUUGCCCAAUUUAGAUUUGGUAAAUUUGGCUCAUAGAUUAUGCAACAAAGAAUCUGUUAGACAUACAUUUAACAAUGUUGAUGGUGGAGCUAUUGGUCGUAAUAAAGUCAAUUCUUAUUACACAAAUUUGAGUACAAUGUUGUCAAUGGUAAUGACUCAAGCUACCGGAGUGCCUGAUGGAAACCAUGGUCUUUUUCAUAGGUUUGGUAUUGAAGCAAUAACUCUAGAAGGAUAUGAAAAAGAAGGACGAGGCAUUUAUUCCAGUGUAUUACAAGUUGGAAGGGUUAUUGAAGGCAUGUUUCGUAGCUUGAAUAAUUUACUUGAAAGAUUUCAUCAAUCAUUUUUUUUUUAUCUAUUACCUUCUACUGAUAGAUACGUUUCAAUUGGUUUGUACAUGCCUUGUUUGGUAUUACUUGUCGGUGCUUUAUUUUUGAAAGCUUUCUCAACUUGGAUUCAACAUUCUUCUGAACACAAACCGGGUGACUCGUCAGCACAAGUUACUAUACCUGAACACUUAAAUGUUGGAAUGGUCAGUGUAAUUACUUUGGGUUCUCAUGUCAUAGGUUUGUUGUUAUUACCAAAUUUAGCACCAGCAUAUUUUACACAUUUUUGGAACCAUAUACCAACACACCGUGCAUUAUUAAUGGGUUAUGGUUCAAUAUCUCUAACCAUUGUUUGUCUUCUACCAAUAAUAAUGAAAAAAUGUCUAAAUUCUUUCAAAUCUUCAAAUUGGGUAUUGUUACAUGUAAUUUGUUUAUUAGAACUUGGAAUUGGUUUAUUAUGUGUUUCUAUGCAUAAUUUUUCGCUUGGAUAUUUAACUGCUCUUGUGUAUGUUCUACCUGCAGUUUGCACUAAAUCUAUGCAAAACAGUAUAAUAGUAAAAUUCCUUUGGUUGCUUGUGCAUCCUAUGUGCUCACUGUUUUGGAUCACUGCAUACAUCACUUACACUGCAUAUCCUGAACUGCCGAUUACUGAUUAUUUGACCAAAGUACUAGAGGCAUCAGGCCAAUGGAUGGUAUUAUCAACAGUAGACAAUAUGAUUUAUGGUAAUUGGGCGUUUACAGUUGGUGUGCUGUUAUUGUUGCCUGUUUGGACAGCAUUUUGGUGUCUAAUGUUCCUUCCAACAGUUGUUUCAAAAAAAACAAAGACGGAAUGA